AUGUUCUUCGGCUCUGAAUAUGUCCCACAGAGGCAGAAUGCUGUAAGCGCUGCGGUCUCCUUCUUGCUUGUUGCAUGUUUCAUUGCACUCGUGACAGCAGAAGAAUUUCAAGAAUAUGACUUUGUAAUAGUCGGCGGAGGGAGCGCAGGUAGCGUGAUCGCGGACCGGCUGUCCGAGUGUCCGUCCUUCGAUGUAGUGGUGAUCGAGGCUGGCGACGAACCGGGUAUAGAGUCCAUUCUUCCCGGCCUUUUUCCUACAUUGCCGCACACGAGGUAUGACUGGAAUUUUACAUCAGUAAACGACAAUCGCACAGCUCAAGAUCACACGAUAAAAGCUUUAAAUCUAACAUCUGGACAUGUUCUGGGCGGAGGAAGCAGCGUUAACUACAUGAUAUAUGCACGUGGCUGUCCAAAGGAUUAUGACUCUUGGGCGAAAGUUGGAGAUGAUGCCUCCUGGAAUUACACAAAUAUUUUUAAAUAUUUCUUAAAAAGUGAGAACCUUAAAGAUCCAAGCGUCCUUAAUUCCGAAUACAGAAAGUAUCAUGGAACGACUGGCUUUCUAGGAAUUACAAGAGAAGACAAAAAUGUGACGAAACAGUAUUUAAAAGCUUUUGAAGAAGUUGGUCAUAAGAUACUCUUUGAUGUUAACGGAGAGGAAAAAUUAGGGUAUACUCUACCACUUUUUACAAUCGCCGAUGGCAUAAGGCAAAGAACUGUAAUCAAAAAUUUACAAGUAAAUAAACAUCGUCCAAAUCUCCAUGUUUUGAAACUGACGCUAGUUACAGAAAUAUUAUUGGAAAGAAAUAUAGCAAUUGGUGUUAAGGCAGUGACGGAGACCAAUGAGAUAAUUAUUGUCAAAGCAAGAAAAGAAAUCAUUAUAUCAGCGGGGGCAAUUAGUAGUCCAAAAUUGCUAAUGCUUUCGGGAAUAGGUCCGCGAAAACACUUGAAAUCUUUGAAUAUUUCAGUAAAAAGCGAUCUACCUGUGGGGUACAAUUUCCAAGACCAUACGAUGGUUAUAUCAGCAUAUAAAAUGGAAGGGACAAAUAUAUCGUCACAAUCACCAAAUCUGCAUAAAUUUCCUUUGCCGGUUAUUGUUGGUUACGCAGCUCUCAACAAGUCUGAGUAUUGUCCAACGUACCAAGUAUUUAACUUGAUUGAAUCAAAAGGUUCUUCUUCUUCGAGUGAACUUUGCAAUUUUAAUUUUGGUAUUAAAGAAUCUAUAUGUAAUAAAUUCCUUACUGCUGCUCAAGAUCGAAACUUGUUAUUUGCAAUUUUAAACAUCUUGCACCCCAGAUCGCGUGGUAGAGUCCUGCUCAAAAGUGUAAACCCAAGAGAUCCACCACUUGUAAUUACCAAUAUAUUUGCCGACAAACGAGACUUAGAAGAUUUAACGGACUAUAUGAUUGACUAUAUAAAAGUGUUAAACUCAACAUAUUUUAAGAGUGUGCUGGCGGAAUUAGUGGAUGUUGAGCUGGAGAAGUGUCCGAAGUUCAAUAUUAGUGACAGAGCAUAUUGGAAAUGUUACGUGCAAAGCAUGAUGUCUAGCAUGUACCACUACGCGGGCACGUGCGCGCUGGGCGAGGUGGUGGACAGCAAGCUGCGCGUCCACAACAUCGAGCGCUUGCGGGUGGCCGACGCCAGCAUCAUGCCCAGCCUCACUAGUGGAAACACAAACGCACCAGUUAUCAUGAUAGCUGAAAAGCUGGCUGAUAUUGUUAAAGAAGCGCAUUCUUGUAAACCUAGUAGGUUAAAAUUUACAUCGGAAUUACAAACCCAACGGUUGGUAAAUAAUGAA